CCUUUCCUUCUUGUUCUCUCUGCCCAUUCCCACACUUUUUUUUUUUUUUUCUUUAUAGAUUGUGAAAUUUUAAAGGCAAAAUUUUUGUUUUUGAGAAAUUAAUUUUUGGGGUUUUGAAAAAUUGUGUGGGUAAAGGAGAAGAGUCCAUAGUCAACAGGAUAUGGGGAAUAAUAUUCCUAUACCCAUGAGGUCCAUUAUAGAUGAAAAAAAAAUUAUUUAUUUGAUGGAAAAAAAGGAAUAGAAAUCUUUGAAUAAAACCAAAAAAUAAAGCAAAGAAAGCUGAAACAUUUACUUCAUAUACAAUACAACAACAAGAGGUCAUACAUACACACAACACACCACCACCCCCAUUUCACCUUCCCUUUUCCCAACCAUUUAUUAGAUUCCUCCAAUGGUCUUUCCUUUUUUUUCCAUUGGAUUGUACAGAUUCCCAGCUGCAAUCCCUUCUCAAUCUCUUCAUUUUUCUUGAUUUUUGCAUAGUUUAUGUGAUUUUCUUGGACUUUAAGACACAAAACUCUUCUGGGUCUUCUUGGGUUUUGCUUUCUUCUGCAAACUUUAUCUGGGUUUCUCUGCACCAGUUUUUGCUAUAAAGGGGUUGAAGAGAACAAUCCUAUUUUCCCAAAUUUUCAUUUUCUAGUUCAGCUUUUAGUUUUUUUUAUUUUAUUUUAUUUUUGUCAAGAAACUGGUUAUUUUUCCUUUUUCCUUUUUUUUUUGGGUUCUUUUUUUGAAUUUUCUUUCAAUUUAUUUUCUUUGGAUUAAAGAAAAAAGAGAGACAUGGGCAAGCAUGGACCUUGCUAUCACUGUGGUGUAACAAACACCCCGCUUUGGCGCAAUGGGCCUCCAGAGAAGCCAGUACUCUGCAAUGCCUGUGGAUCCCGAUGGAGGACAAAAGGAACCCUUGAAAACUAUACCCCUCUACAUGCAAGGGUAGAUGGUGAUGAUGCUGAGGACUACAGGGUUUCCAGAGUGAAGAGCAUAUCUAUUAACAAAAACAAAGAAGUGAAGCUGCUCAAGAGAAAGCAAAAUCAAGAUAAUGUGGUGGUUAAUGGUGUUGCCUCUGAUUAUAGCCAAGGUUCCCGGAAGGCUAUAGAUGAAGAUACAAGUAACAGAUCAAGUUCUGGGUCUGCCAUAUCUAACUCUGAGAGCUGUGCACAGUUUGGCAGUGCAGAUGCAAGUGAUUUGACAGGUCCUUCCCAAUCCAUUGUGUGGGAUACAAUGGUACCUUCAAGGAAGAGGACAUGUGUGAAUCGUCCAAAGCCAUCUUCAGUCGAGAAGCUAACAAAGGAUUUAUGUACGAUUUUGCAUGAACAGCAAUCUUCGUACUUCUCUGGAUCGUCUGAAGAGGAUUUGCUUUUUGAGAGUGAGACACCAAUGGUCUCUGUUGAAAUAGGACAUGGAAGUGUUCUUAUCAGGCAUCCAAGUGCAAUAGGUCGAGAAGAGGAAUCUGAAGCUAGCUCUCUUUCAGUUGAUAACAAAUCAUACCUGGUAAAUGAGGUUUAUUCACGCAUUGGCGCCCUUCCUGUAAAUACAAACAAUAAGGGCAUCAAUUUUCCAAGUCCUGGGCUUGAAAAGAUGAAGAAGCCUGCUGGACUGGGGAUGCAACAAGAGCAAACAAAGAGGGACAAGUCUCAGCACGAAAAAUUGCAAAUCCUAGCAAAUCAUAAUUCACCUCUGCGUUCCAUAGAUCUAAAAGAUGUAGUUAACUUCGAGGAGUUUGUUGGACAUUUGACAAAUGAAGAGCAGCUGCAGUUACUGAAGUAUCUACCUUCAGAGGAUACUGCCAAACUUCCUGACAGUCUUAAAAGCAUGUUCGACAGCCCUCAGUUCAAGGAAAGCCUUUCUUUCUUCCAGCAGCUGCUUGGGGAAGGGGUCUUUGAUAUCUCUUUCCCAGGGGUGAAAGCUGAAGACUGUAAGACUUUGCAGAGGCUUGCAUUGUUGAAUUCUGAAAAAUCCAAAUGGGUGGAACACUAUAAUUUACUUAAGAAAUGUAAGAAUAGUACUGGAGUGUCUGUAGUUGCGGGAGAACCUAAGGCCAUUGCAGCAAGUAAUUUUGCAAAUGCCAAGAGAUCUCGUGAUGCCCAAAAUCAAAAUUUUUCAGAAGCAAGAACUACGAUGAAGAGCCCCAGAAGGGUGAUUAUGAAGGCAGUAGAAAAGGAGCAUAUAGACAAUGAAGGCUCUAGCUUCAGUCCUAGAAGUCUAUUUGCCUUGCCUCCUGAUGGUGGCUCUCUUGAGCUGGAUUCAUUCACCUUUGGUGAUGAAAUUUCUGAUCAUGAUCUACUGCUGGAUGUGCCAUCCAACAACUCAUUCCCACAGGCAGAGCUCCUUCAUCCAGGUUCGGGCUUUGGCACCCAACUGCAAAGCACUAGUAGUAGCUCAGCAUACCCACAUCUUUUGCGUCCCUGACAAUGAUGUUAAACACUACUUUAAUCCUUAGGGCUAUGUAGGUAUUUCUUCUGCCAAAAACCCAUUAUGGGUCCACAUAUUUUGCAUGCCGAAAACACAAAAAAGGAGUUAAUGUGAAUGAGGUUUGAUGGUUGCUCUUUUUUUCCUUGACCUAUAUUGAACUUAGAAUGCUAAGGAGAUGAUGUGGGUGGGCUUUUUGUAUAGGUUGACAAAAGGUUGUAAUAUAUAGCUCAAAAUGCAGAAGAGAUGGUAAGUUGCAGAGUUUUGUAUGCAAUUUAGUUUUCUUUCUUUUCCUUUUUCAUUGCAAAACAACUUUGUAACACUCUUAUAUUGGCUUGCUUUAAUGGUUUUUUGGAUUUA